AUGGCCGGGUCGAUCUCAGGGCUGCAGAAAUACAAGAGUCAGGACGGGUGGUACUUCCUGUCGCCGAGGGCUCGCAAGUACAAGGGCGGCGGCAGGCCGUCGCGGGGCACGGAGGACGACCGCGGGCGGUGGAAGGCGUCGUCGGGGAGCGACGUGGUGGGGCAGACGGUCGGCGGCGUGGACAUCAAGUACUGCAAGAACUCCCUCGCCUACCACGAGGGGCGCCCCGGCAAGGAGCACAAGAGCUUGUGGCUGAUGCACGAGUUCACCGUCCCGGAGUACGGGCACAAGGUCGAUAAGAGCCGCGCCGGCGACAGCAGCAUGAAGUUAGACGAUUUCGUCAUUUGCAGGAUUUACAAGACAUUGAGGAAGAGAAAAGGGGAGGAGGGAAGCACCAGCACCGCCGGAGAGCUCUCCACGUCGGAGCCCAGGCCGGCCGCGGGGACGGGUGAAGAGACGGCGCCAGCGGGGGCGAAGCAAACGGGCAACAAGAGGCCGGCGGAGGAGCACGCCGCCGGAGAGCUCUCCACGUCGGAGCCCUGGCCGGCCGCGGGGACGGGUGGAGAGACGGCGGGGGCGAAGCAAACGGGCAACAAGAGGCCGAAGGAGGAGCACGCCGGCGCCGUCAAGCAGUGGCCGCCUCAGAAGGCGAAGCUGACCCUGGGAGGAGCACCGGCGCCGGCGUCGGCGUCGUGCGUCCGCUGCGGCGCCGCCGCCGGCCGCACGCAGAUGCCGCUGACGCUGGGAACGCCUACGCACGGCACCCAAGCCGGGCACGGGGUGGCGCAUGCCGCCGGCAACGCACCGAUGCCUGGGCAGCAUACGACGUCGUUCGAUGACCCGUUCCAGAUGCAGCUGCAGCAGGCGGCGUUGCACAACCAUCUGAUGAUGCAGCGGCAGAUGGCGGCGGCACGCGACAGGCAGGCGCCAGUGCAGCCGCGGGGGCCGGUGACGGCGGACAACGGGCAGUCCUCGUCCCUGCAACGGCCGGUGCCGGCGCCGGCGUGCGGCGGUCAGGCGCCUGGCGUGCACGGGCCGUGGGCGGCGGCAGGCAACGCACAGAUGACGUCGAUGCAACGGCAGCAGGCGGCAAUGGCGGCAGCGGCAUACAGCCAGAUGCUUCUGCAACAACGGCAGCAAGCGGCAAUCGCGUACAGCUCGCAGCCGCAAAGGCAGGUACGGGGGAGGUAUGUGGCGCAGGAGGCGCCUGAGGUGGCACAAAACGAACAGGCAUCGUCGGCGCAGCGGCUGCUGGCAGCGCCGGCAUACAACGGCGGAUCGCCACCGGUGCACCGGCUGCAGGUGCAGCCACCGAACGUCCCUCCGCCGCAGCCGGCGUUGCACCCGCAGGCGGCGCCUGCCUCCGGCAACUCCUUUGGUCAGAGUCCGACAACGAUGACGCAACCACGGCCGCCGUCGCCCGUCCAGCCGCAUCCACAGCAGUGGCCGCCAGCGGCCGAGACGCCCGCGAUGCAGGAGAAGCGUGUACUCGAACAGAUGAUGGCGGAGUACCUACACCUACUAGACGCCGACGAGUCUCGCGGUCGCGGAGCGCAAGAAUGGGAGAUGCGGUCGCAGCCGCAGUGCUCUGACGCGGCAGAGUGCAACGAUGGCGGCGAGAAGCUCUCCUCCGCUGAGGUGGCAACCACGGAGGUGCGGCCGGACGGGGGAGACCGUCUGGAGCAUGAUGCACCAGUCGGUCCACAGUUGAUCAGCAUUUUUCCCAUGCUUAAGAAUGUAUCUGAGAUACUAAAUUUUACAUAG